AAAGCCAUGGUUACCAAAGUUCUUUGUCUGACCUUGGCCUUAUUCUGUGCUGUGUCAGCAGCGUCAGAAAACAGACUAGUGGGAGGAUCGCCUGCUGCCAUUACGGAGUUCCCCUCCGUCGUAGCGUUGGUCUACCACUACCCGCGACCCAACAUCUUCAUCCAGCGAUGCGUUGGCUCGCUGAUCUCCUCCUGGCAUGUGCUGACUAGCGCUUACUGCUUCACCGGCUCAAUCCUAACCAACUUCCACAUCCGCGCGGGUUCCGCCCAAAGCUUGAGUGGUGGUCAAAUGAGAAGCGUGCGCCAAAUGAUCAAGCAUCCAGAGUACGAUGAGGAAACCCGCAAUGCAGACAUCGCGGUGGUGAUAUUGAACCAGGCUCUGGGCAUCAGCCAGACCGUCGGCGUCCUGUACCUCCCCCCUGCUAACACCAUCCUCCCCGUCGGACUACAGGCCAGGGUUGCGAGCUGGGGAUUUGAAACUGAAGAUGGGCCCCAACACGCCAGCCUGAAGAGUAUCACACUAACCACGCAGAACUUGGAAUUAUGUAAAGAGGCUUACGAAGAUGACGGUGAAAUUAAAAUCAAUGAGGACCAGAUCUGCGCGUUAAGCGAAAGCGCCGGCACUUGCUUCGGCGACUCCGGCGCACCUAUGAUCACGUAUAACAACGUCCUUAUCGGCCUGUCUUCCUACUAUAAGGAGUGUGGUGACAGCUCCUACCCGGAUGUGUUCACCCGGGUAGCCGCACACACUGACUGGAUCAUGGAGGUCGCCGUGGCGCCCACUGGCGAAAGACCUCUUAGUAGAACUGUUGUAUAGAGACCUACGUUUCGUUUUGUCGUUGUAAAAACUAACUGCAUAAAAUGUACUCUAGCAUGUAAAUAGGGUAAAAAGAUCUUAAAUAAAACAAA